AUGGCCAGCGAAGUAUAUGGAGGACAGGGCGGGCCAGCGGGCCAGGAAUCGAUCAACACCGAGAUUGUCACCUUGUCGAGAUUCUUGAGCGAGGAGCAAGCAAGACAUCCUGAAGCUACUGGAGACUUCACACUCCUCUGCCAUGCUCUCCAAUUCUCCUUCAAGUCGAUAGCAUACUACAUCCGACGAGCCUCGCUGAUCAACCUUUCCGGCCUUGCUGGCUCAUCUAACACCACCGGAGACGACCAGAAGAAGCUUGAUGUUAUUGGUAAUGACCUGUUCAUUGCGGCAAUGAGAUCAUCCGGCCGUGUCCGUGUUCUGGUCUCUGAAGAGAACGAGGAAGUGAUUGUCUUCGAGAACAGCCCGAACGCGAGAUACGCCGUAGCUUGCGACCCUAUCGAUGGCAGCAGUAACCUCGACGCUGGUGUCUCGGUCGGCACCAUCUUUGGCAUCUACCGACUUGAGGGUGGCGCCAAGGGUACGAAGGAAGAUCUGCUGAAGCCUGGCAGUGAGCUCGUCGCGGCUGGCUUCACAAUGUAUGGUGCUUCCGCACAGCUUGUGCUCACCAUGAAGGGUGGCCCAGUCAAUGGCUUCACCAUGGAUAAUGCACUUGGCGAGUUCAUUCUCACGCACCCGGACAUGAACAUGCCCAAGAAGCGCGCCAUCUACAGCUGCAACGAGGGUAACAGCAAGUACUGGGAAGAGCCUGUGAAAGAGUGGGUCGAGUCCCUCAAGCAAGCAGAAAAGCCAUACUCGGCACGGUACAUCGGGUCCAUGGUGGCAGACGCAUACCGAACGCUGUUGUAUGGUGGAAUCUUUGCAUACCCAGCAGAUAAGAAGUCGCCUAAGGGAAAGCUGCGCAUCCUGUACGAGUGCGGUCCAAUGGCCAUGGUGUUCGAGAAUGCUGGUGGUCAAGCGGUUGACAGCAAGAUGCGACGCAUGUUGACGGUGGUGCCCGAGCACAUCCACGAUCGCAGCGGUAUCUUCCUCGGCAGCUAUGAGGAGGUGCAGAAGGUCAUCGACAUCCACAAGAAGCAUGGCAUUUCGGCGUGA